AAUGUGGGAGAUCUGCGGACUUGACUCUCUCGUUGGCUGGGCGCUGCAAAGCGUCACCAUCUGUCACUGCUAAAGCAGUAGUCUACCCCCUGGUCUCUCUGUCAGUAAGAAAACAGUGUGGAGCAAUACGCUGUGAAGUUUGCCAAACGAUUUACCGAUUUAAAUGUUGACCUCCAAUCUACAUAUGAGUAAAAAGAAAGACAACUAAUCAAGCGCGUCCUGGAAUUGCACUGCCGAGAGCUGUGGAGGAUUUUUCUCACAUUUUGGCACAUUCAAACACUAAAGAAAGACUGUCCUUGAUGGAAUAAUUCGUUUUGCCUCGAAAAUAUGACGAAUAUAUUAUUACAUCUGGUGCAUUUGAUGUUAUUUUUUCAUUCCGUUAUCGGGGAAGUUUUAUCAGAGGAGCCAUUCGAAAUUACGCAGCAGGACAGCGAUAUCCACGAAACUACCGAUGGCACCUCCUCGCGCGAAAGCGCACGGCGGGACAUGGUCUCCAUCAAUAUGUUUAAAGUCUAUGAAAAGUACAGUAAGGAACCACAACGCCAUCGAGACGAAAAUACCGUCAGAAGUUUUAAGGCUAUUCUAGGAGUCUCCAAGAGCAGUGUGUGGUUCCAUUUCAACCUGUCGUCCAUCCAGGAGUCGGAGGACAUCCUGUCCGCCACAUUCCACUUCCUGGACCAGCGUCCCCGCCACCGACCCUGGAUCUGCCGGCGCUCCCGAAGCGCUUCCUGUCGCCUUCAGUGGCAUCCCCCGUCCCAGCUCCUCUUCCGAGGAACGUCCCCAAACUCUGCCUUUGCCUCCUUGCUGGGCAACGUCACCCUGCCCCCUCCCAAGAGAGGGUCCUGGCAGACAAGUGAUGUCUCCGCUGUAGUCAAAGAGGCCCGCAUCCUGGGAGUCUUCCUCAUUACUGCUGAGUUUGACUUCGGGAUGAGGCCCCAGAGGAACCAGGAGCGCCUUUCUCCAGCCAUCCUACCAUACGUCCUGGCGUAUGCCAACGACAUGGCCAUAUCUGAGCCCAACAGUGUGGCCAUGACCCUGCAGAGGUACGGGCCGUUCCCUUCGGGGGAGGAGCCCACCCGGUCAUCCAACGAAUCUCCUCCAGCCUCUAGGCUGAAAAGAGAAGCUUUGUCCCCCCUGGACCAAAUACUGGACAAUGACCUGCCUGAGGUCCAGUUCAACACCCUGAAGAGCCAUGAGCUAUGGGAGAGCACUUAUUUGGUUCCCAAGAUCAAGCCCUCAGUGAAAGAUGGGCAAAAGCAUGGCCAGGAGAGUAGUGAGGGGUUGAAUAAGCCCCAGGUGCUGAGCUUUGAUGAGAGGACCAUGAAGAAGGCUCGCAGGAGACAGUGGAGUGAGCCCAGGGUCUGCGCCCGACGCUACCUGAGAGUGGAUUUUGCAGACAUCGGCUGGAGCGAGUGGGUGCUAGCCCCGAAAGCCUUUGAUGCCUACUACUGUGCAGGCACCUGCGGAUUUCCUAUUCCUAAGGUUGCACGGCCCUCGAACCACGCCACCAUCCAAAGCAUUGUGAGGGCGGUGGGAAUCGUUCCCGGCAUUCCGGAGCCCUGCUGUGUUCCGGACAGGAUGAGCUCUCUGAGUGUUCUCUUCCUGGACCCCAGCCGGAACAUGGUGUUGAAGGUUUACCCCAACAUGUCUGUGGAGACCUGCGCCUGCCAGUAGAACCACCCGGAAGGAGCCUCAAUGCAUAAUGCAUGAGCCAGAGUACAAUGAAUCAGACAGAGUGGAGCAGAAGAGACAUUCAGUCAGUACAGUAAAAAAGACAGACAUCUUUGGAUGAGGCUGCGAUGGAUAAACCCACCAUGGAGGGAGAUCUGGAUUAUAGAUAAGGGUUUCUGGAUUAUAGAUAAGGGUGGCGAGAUGCAGAGAACGCCGUGUCUGACCAUCAGAUCAGUGUGAUUCACACAGACAUUUCCUUGUCGUUCAGCAGCUCAACUGUAGUUGAAUUUGGGCCUGUAUCACUGUCAGUUCCAAGUCUUCAGCCAUCCAGAGCUCCUGAUGUAUACACGGAUUCCAAAGUAACUCAAAUGAUGGACCCUAUUGCCAUGUACUGGACUUCGGUGGGGGCUGGUGGGAGUAGCUAGAGGAGGACGGGCUCCUUGCAAUGGCUUGAAUGGAAUAGAUGGAAUGCUAUCAAACACAUGGAAACGACAUGUACGACUCAGUUCCAUUCACUCAGUUUCAGCCAUUGCAAUGAGCCCCUACUCCUAUAGCUCCUCCCACCAGCCUCCACUGCUGCACUUAGACUAUUGGACUCAGGUGAGCUUUAGAUGUGAUGUCUUCAUACGGUACAAGACUCAAAAGCUGAACCUCUGUAAAUAAUAAUGUAACUAAUACAACUAAAUAAGACUUAUUUCUGUAAAUAUUUGCUGGGAUCUUAAACUAUGUUUUGCCUGUAGUGUUCACUAGUUGUGCAGUUUGAAUUCAUCUGUCAACAUAAAUGGUUAAUACAUGAGAGAAUGUACUGUUAUAAUAAAUAAUCCCAUGUUGUUUUCUGA